CGUAAAAGGAAUAUUUCUUUCAAGUCAAUCCAAAAAAUUGUAGUGAAUAAGUAUAUAAUAAGAGGUGUGUUAGUGACAAAAAAUGGCAAAAACUUACGAUUAUUUGUUUAAAUUGCUCCUUAUCGGUGAUUCUGGCGUCGGAAAAACUUGUGUGUUGUUUCGUUUUUCAGAAGAUGCUUUUAACACAACGUUUAUUUCAACCAUAGGAAUCGAUUUUAAAAUAAGAACAAUUGAUUUGGACGGCAAGAAAAUUAAGUUGCAAAUAUGGGAUACAGCAGGUCAAGAGAGAUUCAGGACCAUCACCACCGCAUAUUAUCGGGGUGCUAUGGGUAUAAUGUUAGUGUAUGACAUAACAAAUGAAAAGAGUUUUGACAACAUUAAAAAUUGGAUUAGAAAUAUUGAAGAGAAUGCAUCUGCGGAUGUAGAAAAGAUGUUGCUCGGGAACAAAUGUGAACUUGAGCAAAAGAGACAAGUUUCAAAAGAGCGGGGCGAACAGUUAGCAAUUGAGUAUGGAAUAAAAUUUAUAGAAACUAGUGCAAAAGCAAGUAUUCGGGUUGAAGAAGCUUUUUUCACACUAGCUAGAGAUAUUAAGGCAAAAAUGGAGAAGAAACUGGAAGCAAGCAAUCCUCCUAAAGGUGGACACCAGCUGAGAGCGUCCGAGCCACAAAAGAAACCCACAAGUUGGCUAUCAAGAUGCACUCUUCUCUGACCAUAUGUUUUUGUAGACAUUUCCCCUCUUUCGUUCCCAUUUAGGUGUUUUGGAUUAAAACCGGACUUAUUUGCGCUUCGAAGGACUAUUAUUGGGGCGGUCGUUUAAAUCUAUGUAAUCAUGUGACGUGAACCAACGACCAAGGUGCUCCCCUUUGAUUUUUGGUUUCAAACAAAUCGUGAUAUGGUAACUAACUACCAGAAAAUUUAGCGCUUUUUUAGCAUAAUGAAAUUGUUGCGCCUGCUUUACCGCUUAACUUAAUAUGUUCGGGUCCACUUCGGCCCCCCUGAAAUUUGUAUCAUUUAAAAUCAGGUAGCAACGUUUAGGGUGAUUAUUUAGCACAAAGAUUUUGUAGUAAUCUAAACGUAAUAUUGGGUGUAUGUUAUUCCGCGACAAUUCGUUGGAUUUAGCUAUUAUGUGUCACGCGUUGCUCGUUUGCAAAUUUUCGUUGAAAUUUAGAUGGUUUUUCUAAAUUAUUUCGGAAGAAAUCUAUUUGUGAUAGUUGAAAUUUGUCCUACCGUACAGAUUUUUGAUUCUUCCAUAGAGACGUUGCCUGUGCGGUUAGAUCUAUGACCCAAAGAACCGGGUUUAAUAUAUUUGCAACUCGGUCAAUUUUACAGUUUUGCUGAUUUAGAUUUCAAAUUAUUAUUAUUUUUCAACGCAAUGCUAGGACUAUUUUUAUUUAUUUUUAUUAUUUCUAUAACGAUUGUGACCCUUUAAUAUCACACUUCAAUUUCAUUCCUUUUUGUAAAUGUGGCAAAUCAACAUUUCUAACAAAAUAAAAAACACUAUUUACAGAAUUGUCAAAAUUUGUUUAAAUGUCGCGAGUCCAUAGGAAAAAAGUUGCAAAUAUUUUGAAAUCCAGAACCACUGAUACAAAAUUUCGAUAAGUUUCUGUCAAGCCGUUGUUGAAAUAUUCCACUUUUCUGUUUUUUUUUUUGAGCGACCCCCGUAUGUUUCUAUGAGUUUAAAACAAAUACGGGACAAAAUAAAAUUGUUCGAUUGUUUUUUUUUUUGUUGCCCUUUUUAAAUCUGUUUCCUUGGAAACCGUCAUGACCAGUGAACAUAAAAAUGUAUAUAAUAACAAACAAAUCAACAACUUUUUUUGUCAAAGAAAUGUUAUUUUUUUACAUUCUACAUUAUAUAAAAAACCUAAUACUUUUAUUUAUUUCUGCUUACACACGACGUACCGGUGAAAAUUAAAUUUCUGUGUAUGGCUCUAGAAUGGAGAUAAUAUUAAUCUAGAACCUGGAAAAUAUUGGCCGUUUUUAAUCAUAUUCCAUAAAACCCAAAAUCUUCGAUUAGGAGUAAUUAUAUUUUUUUACCGCUCUAAGCUAUUAAAUUUAUACUCGUAUAUUUCUUCAUAUUAAUAUAAUUAUAUUCGUGCACUUUUUCAUUUUCAGGCUACUAGAUUAAAUGACGGCUAUGGUAAUAGAUUCUAAAUCGCUUGUGUAUAUAUAUAUAUAUUUAAAUCCUCUAAAUGUACUAUUUUCCACUUUGUUACGUGUUAAUUUAUAACAAUUUGUUGAGUGUACAAAUUUUUUAUAUGUUCGACUAGUAAAACGGUGGAGCAAUACUGUCGCGUAUUCAAAUACAGAAAAUUGCGGCCCUCAAGAAAUUUUGAUUCUCGUAAAUAUCGAAUGAUAUAGACUUUUAUACAUUUUGUAUAAAAAGGGAAACCACACACAUUGUUACUUUAAGGUUCUGUAAAU